AUGGCCACCAUCAGAGCUCUAGCCACCAUGGUCGUCUUCCUCCUGGUCGUGCUCUCCACGUCCCACAUUGCCUCCUCCCUUCGCCCCAGUCUUGGCGUCUGCCGCGCCAGUGGCUAUCUCCCUGGCAAGUCCGGCAACUGCGAGAGGAGCAAUGAUCCGGACUGCUGUGAGGACGGUAAGAGGUACCCACAGUACCACUGCUCGCCGCCAGUCACCGCGACCACCAAGGCCGUCCUAACGCUCAACAGCUUCGAGAAGGGCAAGGAUGGUGGUGGUCCAUCAGAGUGUGACAACUCCUACCACAGCGACAAGGAGCUGGUUGUUGCGCUCUCCACCGGCUGGUUUGAGAACAUGGCACGCUGUGGCCACCGCAUCAAAAUCACCGCCAAUGGCAAGUCUGUGUAUGCUAAGGUGGUGGACGAGUGUGACUCCGUGUAUGGCUGUGAUGACGAGCAUAACUACGAGCCGCCAUGCGCUAACAACAUCGUUGACGCCUCGCCUGCAGUGUGGAAUGCCCUGGGGCUCGACCAGAAUGUCGGUAUGGAGGAUAUCACAUGGUCACAGGACUGCCAUAUCAGUGGCUUCCUCUAUGGCAGGGCUGGCAAGUGCAACAAGGAGAACGGCUCUGAUUGCUGCAUUGCUGGUCACCACUACCCGCAGUUCAGGUGCUCCCCCCCGGUGUCCUCCAAGACAGCAGCAACCUUGACACUGAACAGCUUCGCCCGCGGGGGCGAUGGUGGUGGUCCGUCCUACUGUGACGACCACUUCCACAAGGACAGCGAGCGGGUGGUGGCGCUGUCUACUGGGUGGUUGCGCCUCGACGGCACACGCCGGUGCAACAAGAUGAUCCGCAUCAGCGGUAAUAGGAGGUCCGUCUUGGCCAAGGUUGUGGACGAGUGUGACUCAGCGCAUGGCUGUGACAAGGAACACAACUUCGAGCCGCCAUGCCGGAACAACAUCGUGGACGGGUCACCGGCGGUGUGGAAGGCGCUGGGGCUCAACGAGAACAUCGGAGAAUUCAAGAUCACUUGGUCUGAUGUGUGA